UUUCAAGGCCUUUCGCCUUAUUCGUUUUCUUUCUCCAAACUCAGCUGUUAAAGUGAAAGUUAAAUGUGUCAUUCUUAAAAACAAUGCCAGCACUCAAUCCUGUGGUAUACAAUCUAGAAAAAUGGAUUGAAGAAAACAAGGAAUAUUUUCUCCCCCCAGUAUGCAAUAAAAUGAUGCAUGAAGAUGGUCAGAUGAAAGUCUUUUGUGUAGGUGGUCCUAACCAACGUAAAGAUUAUCACAUAGAAUGUGGAGAGGAGCUGUUCUACAUGAUAAAAGGAGAUAUGUGCUUAAAAGUUGUUGAACAUGGCAAACACAGAGAUGUAGUUAUCAAAGAAGGGGAGAUCUUUCUUCUACCUGGAAAAGUAGCACAUUCUCCACAGCGACAAGCCAAUACGGUUGGUCUUGUAAUAGAAAGAGAGCGUGACGAGUGUGAAUUAGAUGGACUUAGAUAUUUUCAAGAGUCCAGUGGUGUCCUAAAGAUGGAUUCCUUGUUUGAAGAGUGGUUCCACUGUACUGAUCUUGGCACACAGUUAGGUCCAGUGAUCCAAAAGUUUUUCAACUCUGAACAGUUUAAAACUGGAAAACCUUUACCAGGAACAAUUCCAGAGAAUCCUCCAGUAAUAUUGGAUAGUAAAGUAAGCUUACAAAAUCCCUUUCAUCUUCAUUCCUGGAUUGAAGAAAACAGACAAAAACUUGACACUGAUGGACAUAUUCAGAUUUUUGGAGAUAACUACCAGUUUAAUGUAACCAUCUAUGGGAAAGGUGAAAACACAGACUGCUGUGCUAAUGCUGAAAUUUGGAUUUGGCAGCUGGAAGGGAAAUCUAAGAUCAUCAUAGAAGAUAAUGAAUACAAACUUGAAAAGAAUGAUUCAAUUCUAGUCAGACAAGGCCAAAGAUACACAGGUGUUCGUCCAGAAGGAAGCGUUGCUCUCAUUUGCUAUCAAGACCCUACAAGAAUAAAGUCUUAAUAUUCAUAAUUUCUACUAAGAAAAUGUUGUUUCUUUAAAAUUAUAUUCAAGUAUUAUAUUUAAAUGAAAAGUAUUAUACAAAAAAAUAUAUUUUUACAUUAUAUUUACAAUAAUUCAAUGAUUUAUUGCUACAUUAUGCAUAAGGUAAUUAUUAUCAUUAUUUAUAUAUAAAAUUAUAUAUUAUGUAAUUUUGGCUAAAAAAAUGAUUUCCAACAAGAACUGCAAGCAAAAAAAAGUUUUUAAAUAGUCUCCAUUAAAUAAAAUUGGGAUGACUAUAAGCUUACUUCUAUACAAUUUUACGAAUGAAUCAACAACUAGAAAUUAUCUUAAAAAUAUAUUAGUGAUUUUUAUUUAAUGUUGUUGUUUUUUUUUCAGUCAGAUUUUUCUAAUGUAAUGACAUGACUUAUCUCAUGUUACAUUGCAUGACUUUUGACCUUUUGCUUGAAUUUAUAUUUGUUUGCAGCAAAUUUAAAAAUUAAUGAAAUCAUUAAAGAAAACAUCUUAAAUUUACAGUUUAUAUUUGUAUAUUUACAAGACACCUCAGUGCAUGCAAGUCCCAUUAAAUGUACAAUUAUACAAAACACAGUUAUCUCAGUUUUAUUUUUACAAAUUGUAUAAUCAAAUUUGUUAAUUAUUUACUUUUUAAAUAUUAGUACUAUGCAUUUGUUUUCAAUAUUAUCCAGGGUUUACUGUGCCUUAUUAACAUAUAUUUGUGUUGUUUGCAAUAGUAACAUUUUCAAUAACUAUUAUAUUUUUAGAUAAGUAUUUACUUAUAUGGAAAUACAAAAGCUUACUUUAUUUAUAUUUAAUGUCAAAAUACUAGUGCUUGUAAAUGAACCAUUCCUUAUAAUUGACAUAUAUAAUAAAAAAAAAUUAUUUAAAGAUUUACAGAUUUUUAUUUGAUGCUGUAAAGUACUUUUGGACAUAAUGCUAUCAUUUAUAUAGAUUUUCUUUCCAAAUAAGAUAUCAGCAUAAAAAGUUUUUUUAACUUCCAGUGCCCAUGCAGUGUGUUUUAACCUUUACAAAGGGCUUAACAUGUCAAAUAUGUCAUGAAUAUCAAUCACUUCACAGUUUUUUUACUAUUGCUAUUUAAGAACUUGUCUAAAGAGAUCUGAUUAGGUCACAUAAUUAUUUUAAAUUAUUCUGUCACUUAGUUAAUGAACUCUUUUAUUUAAGUUGCAUUUAUUUUCUACCAUAAAACAUGUGCAUGGUAGCAUUUCAAUUUCACAAACAUGCUUGAAGGCUGCAGUGUUUUUACAUAAUAUGAAACGGUUUUGGUCAAAUUUCCUACAGCUAUCUAUUGCUUUGGUCUAUCAACAGAACUUGUUUGAAAAAAAGUGCAUUCCUUUUAAUGUUAUAUGUGAUUAGUGAAUAUGUUCUAUUUUUUUUCUUAAGUAGAAUACACUCUAAUAAAAAUGAAAGUAGUUCCAACAUUUGAUUUGUAUAUGUAAUAUUUAGUGUUUUUUUUUUUAAACAUAUCUUGAACAUAAAUGAAAAAUGUAUUAUACAUUUAGAAUAUUUUUUAUUGUAAAGACUUAUUAUUACUUUCAGCUCAUUCAGUGUGGAAAAGAAACAUUUAGAAAGCUAUUUAGCAUUUAUUUGCAUUUAAUUUAUUUAUCAUAAGCUAUUUGAGAAUGUUGAUUUCUUAGACAUUCCAUCCUUCACUCUCUUAAAAAUAAAUAAAAAUGAAGUUUGCCUGCCAAUUAAUUUUGAUGGCACACAUUGUAGACAUUCUUGAUUUCUUUAACCUUGUAACCUAGACUAAGUCACUGUCUACCAUAAAGAAGCAUAUUAAGUCACUUUCUUUUUUACUGUUGCAUUAGGUGUAUGUUGUGUGUGUAUAUAAAGACCUUUUUUUGUAAUUCAAAAUACAUUAUAUUUCUAGUCAAUCAUUGGAAGAAUAUAGUGAUUUUAAAAAUUGUUUUAUUUUACAUGUCAUUUAGAUUAAAUUGUUUAAGUGGCUCAAUAUUACACAAUUGUAUUGUGUAUCUUUAUAAUUUUAAAAUCACCUUUUUUAAAGGGAUUGUUAUUGGAUUUUUGAAAAAUGAAUUUUUGAGUCUUUCUGAUAGUACUUUCACUGAGAAUAUUUCUGAAGUAUUUACAAUCACCUUAUAUUCAAAUCUCUUACAGUUUUAAAAAUAUUUUUUGAAACCUGUACAUUCCACAUUGUUUCAUUAAAAUUUGUUGGUUAUUAGUAGUGUUCAAUAAAAGAGUAUACUAUCAAUC